GAAGCAGGCUAAGAAAGCCCCCGGCCCGGGCCCACGGGAGCGACGGCGGGGCCGCCCUGGGCUGUCCUCGGAAGAAGAAAAGAUGUGGAGUGGGCUACUGCCUCCUGGCCUAAAUGAAAGUGAUGUUGAGUCGGAUUCGGAAGAUGAAGCUACAUUAGAGAAGUCUGGAUGUAACCCACAGGAAGAUAAAGGGGAUGGGGCCGUUAAAAAAACAGCAGAACUCUCAGAUUUCCCAACAAAUGGACCAAAAACUGAAACUGAGCCAAAUGUAAAUGCAUAUGAAGAGUGUCCUUCUGGAAUUCCCUUAAAUAUGUGGAAUAAAUUUCAAGAUCUGCAUCAAAAACAUUCUGAACAGAAAAACUCAACCUCAAGAUUCAGAAGGAAAAAAAGAAAAUGCUCCAGAAAAGAUAAAUUGAAGAAUGGAAAAGAAUCUCAUAGUGAACAGUCCUCAAAUGAAACGCAAUGGAAGGAGCUUACUCAGUAUUUUGGAGUCAAUGAUAGAUUUGAACCCCCUGUUAAAAGGAAAAAAGUUGACAAGUCAGGCCUUGAAAAGAGGAUAGACCAGGCUGUGGAGGAGUGGAAUAUUGAGAAGGCUGAGGAACUCAGCAAUCAGCUGGCUACUCGAGAGCUUGGUGUAAAAAUUGCCAAAGCAAUUGCCUGCCACAACUUUGUAAAAGCCAAAAAGGAGGCUGAAAAUUCACAGGCUGCUCGAAAAAAGAAGAAACUUGCUUGGGGAUUUGAAGCAAAGAAGAGAUGGGAAACCAAAAGUAACAUGGGAUAUAUGUAGCUUGCCAGAGUUCUGCAAGACAUUUGUGGAUUCAUGUGCUUAAUUUACUGAAAAGACUUGCCUGCUCUGUUAUGUAUGUUAGGAAGUUGAUAGAACUAGAAAAAAUUAGCUUAAAAUUUGGGGAUUGACCAUCAACUCUUUUCAGUCUUUCUCUAAAGAGUUUAACUUAUUGAACUGAACAAAAUGAAGCAUUCUGUUAGGUAUGUAAGAAUUAAUACAAAAAAGGAUAGAGGUUUGUUUAUUUGUAUAGACCUAUAGUGUAAAAUCAAUUUUGCUUUUCAUGUUUGUUAUAGUAUAGCCAGUGAGCUCCGUACUUCUUAACUGUACCUGGUGAAACUGCAUUUUUAUUGGAAUUGUGUUUUUAAGAUUGAUCAUUGUUUACAGUGAAUUUAUAUGUGUAAAAAUGUUUCAAUUGAUUCUGUCUUGGCAAGUGAUUUUAAUGACCUUAAUGUUAUCAAAGUACUUAUUGAUUUUUAUUGGAGGCAGUAGAGUUCAUAUUUCAGAAUUACAUAGUAAAAGCAAUUGAUUAAUUUUUGUAUACCUUCAGCUAAAAUAUUACAAUAAUAUUUGUAAUAAAAUAUUACAAUAAAGAAAGGGUCAGAAAGUAGUAUUUGAAGGAUUAUUUAAAUUCAGCUUUGCCUAGAAAUGUCUUUCUAAAUAUCUUUCUUUCUCAGCCAUGUUAUUCUUUAAAUUAUGAGAUGGUUCUUAGAAGAGAAAAUGGUCUAAUUGUAUUAUACAGACAGGUAUGACUCAAGAUAAUAAAACUUUUAAUCUUCUAAAA